UUAAUAAACUCAAAAUCUUCUCCAUUCCGUUUCUUCCAUUCGUCGCAAUUCGCCUGAGACCGCAUUUAUUCUUGGUUUUUCUCUUCAAUUCUCUCACGAAACAGGAUCCGCUUGUUUUCUACAAUACUAUGGCCUCUGCAAAUGGACUAGGAAGUAUUCAAGGAAAGCAGCCUUUGUUUUCUUUCGGUGUAAUUUCUGACGUGCAGUAUGCUGAUAUUCCUGAUGGUCGUUCAUUCCUUGGCACUCCCCGUUAUUAUCGACAUAGUAUUCUUGUACUGAAAAGGGCAGUUCAAAACUGGAACAACCAAAAAAAACUUAAAUUUGCCCUAAAUUUUGGAGAUAUUGUUGAUGGAUUUUGCCCCAAGGACCAAUCUCUCAGCUCUGUGAAGAAAGUAGUUGGUGAAUUUGAUAACUUUAAUGGUCUGGUAUAUCAUAUGAUUGGAAACCAUUGCCUCUACAAUCUUCCUCGCAAUGAGUUGCUUCCAUUAUUGAAGAUUCCAACACUUGAUGGAAGUCAUGCUUAUUACGACUUCUCACCGACUCCAGAGUUCAGAUUCGUCGUACUUGAUGGCUAUGAUAUUAGCGCUAUUGGUUGGCCUCAGGAUCAUCCAAAAUCAGUGGAGGCCCUCAAAAUUCUAUCCCAGAAAAACCCAAAUACAGACAAGAAUAGCCCAUCAGGACUGGUUGGCUUAGAAAGAAGAUACCUUAUGUUCAAUGGAGGAGUUGGUAAAGAACAACUGAAAUGGUUAGAUGGUGUACUUCAAGAAGCAACAAAUUUAAAACAGAAAGUAAUCGUUUGCAGUCAUCUGCCUCUUGAUCCUGGUGCAACAUCUUUUGCAGCACUUCUAUGGAACUACGACGAAGUAAUGGACCUGAUACACAAAUACAAUUGUGUGAAAGUUUGCCUUGCUGGCCAUGAUCAUAAAGGUGGAUAUUCAAUAGAUUCCCAUGGAAUACAUCAUAGAGUUCUCGAAGCUGCCCUCGAGUGCCCCCCGGGCAGCGACGCAUUCGGAUACAUCGAUGUCUACAAUGAUGGUUUAUAUCUUGCUGCUACAGACCGGAUGAGCAGCUUGAAAAUGCUUUUCGAUUCUGAUCAAGCUUGUGAUAAUGGCUACAUUACAGACCCUUUGACUCCUACAUUAUAAAUGAUUUACAACGUAUAUAUUCCAUGGUCAUUAGAUUAUAGCGAUUUGAAAAGUGAAAACGAUGACAUUUUAAGUUAGAUUCCCUUGUAGAGAUUGCUGAGAAGCUCUUUCAUUUUUCCUGCUGCCACAGAUGGGGUUGAAAAAGAAAAUACAACAAAACGUCUUCAUGGUUCCUUAGUUUUUCAUAUCAUUAGAUGAUUAGAUCAUUUCACUGCAAAGUGAUUAUCACAUCUGUGAACAUUGAAUACACAGCCACAUUAAUACAUUUUAUUUUCCACCAUA